AUGGGAAUCGUCCAAUGGCGCGACUCGUGCGGAGACCGACCACACACCAGCCAGAAUUGGUGUCGACUUGACGUAUCGGUAGUACCAUUCUUUUGUAGUGGUUCUGACCACCGUCUUCUUCGCGCGAAAAUACGACUUAGCCACACGAUGGAAAGGAACAUCUGCUAUCGGCAACGAAGGAGAAAAGAAGUCCACAAUGAUAGCGUACUUGAGGACUCCUUGUUCCAAAAUGACUGGGAAAUCGAGGACAAAGUCAAACGCCAAACGUGGACUACGAGUUGCCGCUUAGAGGAAUACGAGCUUGUGCUGAAGGUGCCUCGAAGCCGCGCAAGACGAACUUGGAUCGAAUUACGAAAACCACCAAGGAAUUGCUGGAAGGAAGGACAUUGA